AUGCAUGUAAGAUGGUCUAAUUUCCUUCAGAAAUUUCCUUUUACUAUUCGCCACGAAUCAGGGGUUUUGAAUCGAGUCGCGGAUGCCUUGUGUCGACGGGCUAGUUUAUUAGUCACGUUGACACAUGAGAUUGUGGGUUUUGAGUUCUUGAAAGAACUUUAUCCUGAUGAUGAUGACUUCAAGGAGAUAUGGGCAAAGUGUAUUCAAAGACAACCAGUCACUGAUUUCCACAUCACUGAUGCCUAUCUAUUUCCUGGAAAUCGCUUAUGCAUUCCUCGUAGCUCUGUGCGAGAAAAACUAAUUCAAGAUCUCCAUGGUAGUGGCUUAAGUGGACAUUUAGGUAGGGACAAGACUAUCGCAAGUUUUCAAAGAUGGCGCAUUUUAUCCCUUGUCGAAAGACUUCAGACGCCUCUCAUGUGGCUCGAUUAUUCUUUCGAGAAGUAG